UCCUCACGGGAAGAAGAACGAGCUCGGGAUACAAGGAGGAAAAAAGGCAGAGUCGUGUUGUGAUCAACAGAAUGGAGCAAAAACGGCUGAAUUUCAUCACCAGGCGCAUUUUGUUUGUGGAAUUUUCGUUAUUUCUUCUCUCCGUCAGUAAACCUUCGCUGGCGAUUGAAAUCUACGCCGACCCGGAGGUGGUAGUGGUCAAUGGGACUGCUGCUGUUCUCAAGUGCACCUUCAGGUCCAGCGUGGCGGUCACUGCCAACAGCCCUGUGUUAACUUGGACCUUCGAGUCCCGUCAACCAGAUAGUGAGUUCUACAGAAAUCCAAAAGUGAUUUUCUACUUCUUCAACGCUAAUCAAUACCUGGGCGAAACUGAGUUCAAAGACCGUGUGCAGUUUGUCGGAGACAUCAACAAGAGAGACGCCUCCAUUCAGAUCUUCCCCAUCCAGUUCAGUGACAACGGAACCUUCUUGUGUGAUGUGAAGAAUCCCCCCGACGUUACAGGAACUACGGCGCGGAUCGAGCUGCGGGUGGUUCCAAAAGAAUCGCUCCCUUCCACCAACCCCACCAUCAUCAUCGGUGGCGUGUUGGGCGGCUUGGUGCUGCUGGUGCUGAUAGCGGCUGGCGCUUGUAUGGCUAUGAAGUAUCGACAGAGCCGCUACGACUAUGAAGGCUGCACUUCUCUGGACAGCGUCAACUCUCAGGUUGCUCAGCCCAGGAAGAAGCAGGAAUCCAGUAUGGAGAGUUCCCGGGCCACCAGCCCCUCGGGGCCCCUGCAGGGCCCGGUGAUAUACGCCCAGCUGGAUCACUCGGGCGUCAAGAGCUCAAAUCCGUUACAGAAGAUGGAGCCGGUGGUCUACGCCGACAUCCGCAAAAACUAACCAGAAACCGGACCAGAACCAACUCAAAAUAAAGUACCAGACCUCCACCGACUGCUUGGGGGGGGGCUUCAUCUGAAGACGCAUGAUGCUGUGCAAGUAAAAGAUAUCGUCUAGUGUGCUUAAAAAAAAUAUGCCCCGGCAGGUGUCGGAGACGAAAGAAUCAUUCCACACGUUCUAGUAGUUGCGAUAUUUAAUAUUCAAAUGUUUGUGGCACCAUGACACUCUUGCACCAGCGGAGGAACUUUUCACUGAAACAGCAAAGUAUUUUUCCAUUUCUGAGGGAACUGGGUGUUAAAUAGCCAAACACAAUACUGACACAGUCACCAGACGGCUACAUUGACCUGGGGUCAUAUGGAUUUCCGUCUCCAAGCGUUCACUAUUAUAGUAGUUGGCAUGUUUGUGCCAGAAUUCGCUUUAUUGCACUCUGCCACAGGUUUGUCAGCAUGUUUUGAUAUCCACGUUUUGUUAUUGCAUCAUGUGCUGAAGCUUGACAGCACCUAUGAUUUGAAAACCACUUUAGUAUUUUGCCACUAAUAUUUACUGGCCACCAUCAAAAGAUUCUUCCAUUUUAAUGAGACAAAAUAGAAGUUAGUUGAUGAGGUUUGAACACAGUAGAAUAGAAGUAAAGUUGUGAUGCGUUGGCAACUUUAGCGCAAACCACCUGAUUGCCAUUUGAACACAGACAUUCUUUGAAGUAGAAGGCGAGCCCUUUUUAUGUUGGCAGAUGUAUUUGUGACUUUUAAAAGUGUAUAUUUUUGUUCCCCCGAACUUCCUCUCAAGUCUGGGUCGUGCUGGAAUCUUCGCUGGUGCAACUUGUCGCUGUUUUUAACGUCAUCUGCAUGCAGUGAAUUCUGAUGUCGCUAACAAACGCCAGCUAGUGAGCUGUUUGUCGUUGUUCUACUGUAAACGUUGUGUAAACUUCGGGCAUGUCGUCGUGGUACUUGGUUACUCUAAAAGAAAGAAGCAAAAUCUCCCCUUUCUCUUCAAUGGACCAUUUUUCAACUAUUUUUGUCAAAAGUUUUGUUGUGUGGAAAUGUGUUUGUGAUUCCUUUGAGAUGAGCUGCUAGCUGGAAAUUAAUAUUUUCAACUCUUAAUAUAUUUUGAGGAAAAAAAAGGAAAAAAAAAAAAGAAAAAAAAGGUCCACUGAAGCGAAACGUAGUGUAUGUGGGAGUCGAACAAACGGAAUAAUUGAACAUUACACAUCAAUACUAACACUCAUAUCCAAGUAUCUUUUUGUAUGAAGCUCUUUGUCUUUUUUGGGCCAAAAUGUCACUGAUAUUAGCGUUUUAUUUUCCUAUGCUUUAAGAACAUUCCAAACUCUGGUUACAUGAUGCAUUUAAGAACCAAAACUUAUUUUUUUCGUUGAGAAUUUAUGUGGAAAAUGUCUCUUACUUCACUUGUGAUUCCCUGCUCAUGCCAUUGUACUGUACAUCAUUCCAGAUCGGAUCAUUCUGGAUCCUAAGAGAGUAGGAGAACGUGGUCGGGGGGAAGUUGGAAUCUGGAUUAUUUGUUGUAAAUGGUUUUAACUUCUACUCAAAGUGACACAAUGGUCAUUUGAAUAUAACUGGAAAUCAGUAGAUCCCAGCUCAGCGCACUGUUUGUUUGCAAUAUGUCAGAGAAAAAAGUUGUGCCCCCCCAAAAAAAUGCGGGGAAUGGCAGUCGCCUGGGCAACGUUCCCAGGCCAGUGAGGAGAUAUAACCUCUCCACCUGGUCCUGGGUCAAUCCCUUGGUCUCCUCCCAGCCGGCCGUUCCUUAAACGCCUCCAAAAGGAGGCGCCCUCACCAGAUGCCCAAAACAUUUAUGGCGGGUCAUUAUUUGUAUGUACCGAGUUAGCUCGUGAUAAUUUCUCAGCCAAUUGAGGAUUCGUCUGUUGCCUAUCAUCACCGCCUUUGGCUCAAGUUGCACGAAGUAAGAAGAAAAAAAAUCUAUCAAUCCGCUGAAUCGUCUGGUGUUGUACGUGUUAAUGACACAUUACGAAACGUGAUUCCCUAUUUGUGAGGUGUCCUUGACAGACAUGAUGUGUUUGUUAAGCCUUGCAUGAUGGCAAAGUGCAACUGAGCCCAAACUAAUGGUGCUACUUCCAGAGUGGUGCUGCUAGCUAGUAGCAUUCUUUCCUAAUUUUGUCAUUGUUGUUUUACGCUUUAUCGAAGUUCCAACCAUGAAUCGAGAAGCACACACACACACGCACAGAUUACUGCCAUGUAACCACAAGGUUUGCCAUAAAUCCAGGGUUAAAUCGAUUUGUUGCUAAGUAUUCAGUCGAGCACCCUCUGACUCUGCAACAAAAUUACCUCAUUUCUGUUGUGAGGACUUUGAUCAUUGUGUCAUUUUGAUCAGAGGCUAAAACUUGUCCUGUUUUGACACAGUUGUGAAAAAAUGAAACAUCAUUCUGGUUGAAUCGAUAAAUUCUGAGUUUUUGCGCCGACUGUACCGCGGCUUGCCGUCUUGCUGUCGGAGUGACAACUGCCUGUGGGUUUGUCUCUAAACACUUGUUUUGAAAAGAAGUGUUUUUAAGUUUUCGGUGGUAAAUAAUCGUUGUCAAUCUCUGCACUACACCUGUUCAACCUGUGAGUCUUCUGUCGCUCGUCUUAAACUGGAACGUUUGUACAUUUAGUGCCUUUUUCAUUUCAUCACCGACUUGAACGUUUGCUCGAGGAGAAAAAAAAAAGAUUCUUGUAUUUUACGUUAUUGUAUUUUUUUAUGAACAUGAUAUCACAUCUCACCGGCUCAACUUUUAUAUAAAACUGAUUUUUGCCCAACAA